AUGGAUCCCGAGAAGCUGCCGCAGCAGCCGGCGGCAUCGCUGCCAGCCCGCCAUGCCCGCACCAAGCAGGCCCUCCUCGUCGUCGCCGCUCUCGUCCUCGCCGCCAUUCACAGCGCCCGCUUGUGCUUCAACACCUCGACGACGGCCACGCUCGUCCAGCCGGGCGGCGGUAUCUGGUGGAGCCAGUGCCCAGACGACUCGACGACCUACUGCGGCUUCCUCAACGUCCCUCGCGACUAUACCGACCCGAAGGCAGACGACCUUGUCUCGCUCGCACUGCGCAUGAUCCCGGCGACGGUCCCGCCGAAAGAGCGGCUCGGUUACCUCUUCACGAAUCCAGGUGGUCCUGGUGGAUCUGGCACGCUCGCCAUCCUUCACUUCGGCACCAUACUGUCUCGCAUCGUCAGCGGCCGCUACAACAUCAUCUCGUGGGACCCACGCUCGGUCAACCUCACAUCGCCGGGCCUCGAGUGCUUCGCGAGCGAGGGCGACGCGAACCGGUUCCAGCGCGACGUCGAGCACGCCGGGCUCAGCUAUGAAGCACUCGGUUCAUCCGCUCUCGCGUCGUCCCGCAACGCCUCUCUCGCCGCCGGCUUGUCCUGGACGCGCCGGAUCGACGCUUUCUCGCGCGCGCUCGACUCGGCCUGCGACACGCCCGCCAACCAGGCCAUCUUGCGCUCGAGCUCGACCGCGUUCACGGCGCGCGACAUGAAGCGCAUCAUGGAGGCGCUCGGCGAGGAGACGCUCACGUACUGGGGCUUCAGCUACGGCACUAUCCUCGGCGCCACAUUCAGCGCCAUGUUCCCCGAGCUUGUCGGCCGCGUCGUACUCGACGGCGUGUCCGACUCGCAGACGUACACGAACGACUUGCUCGAGUGGGGCCGGUCGGGCAUGCACGACACGCGCAAGGUCAUCGAGGGCUUCUUCUCGUCGUGCGCCGAGUCGGGCCCGCGCGGGUGCGCGUUCGCGCCGCGCGACAACUCGACGGGCGAGGCGCUCGAGAAGCGGUACGACGCGCUCCUCGAACGGCUGCGCGACGAGCCGAUGCCGGUUGGCGCGAGCGCGGUCGGGCCUGGCGUGCUCACUGCCAGUGACGUGCAGUACACGAUGUUCCACUCUCUCUACGCGCCCAAGACCUGGCCGCACCUCGCGCAGCUCCUUGCCGACACCGAGCGCGGCAACGGCUCGGACCUGUUCGCGGCCGCCAACUCGGCUGCUCUCUCGCCGAGCCGCACGCCCUCGUCGGUCAAGCACUGGCCGUUCCGCCGUCCCUCGGGCGGCUUCUCGUCGUCGACGGCGGCCAUCAUGUGCUCCGACACGGACCCGGCCGCGUUGCGCAACUCGACCGUGCGCGGCGUGUGGGACUACAUGAACGAGCUCGCGAGGACGACGAGGAGCCCGACGGCCGACAUCUGGACGAUCUGGAUCACGCAGUGUCGCCACUGGAGCGCAAAGGCGCUCGAGGUGUACCGCGGCCCGUGGACUGUCGCCGACGGCCUCAAAAAGACCAACUACCCGAUCGUCUUCUUCUCGCUCGACGCCGACCCGGUCACGCCCCUGUCGGCCGCCGUCAAGAUGCAGCAAGGGUUCGGCAACAGCUCGUCGACGCUCGUCACCCAGUCCGGCUUCGGCCACUGCUCCCUCGCCCACCCGUCCCUGUGCACCGCCAAGACGAUCCGGUCCUACUUCCUCGACGGCACCGUUCCCGCCCUUGGCACGCACUGCGACGCCGACGACGGCUUCUUGUUCCCGCACCCGGGCAACGACAGCGCGACGGCGGCGGCGGGCGGGACGCUGUCGAAGGAGGACGCCGAGUUGCGGAGCGCCAUGUGGGAGCUGUCAGAGAGUGUGCACGCGGUGGGGAUGGGACCGCGUCGAUGAGCUGCAACUCGACGAUUUGCGCCCUC